UCUACAGUCCUACAAUACAAUAUACACUUCCUUUUUCUAUUGUACUCGUUUGGUGUACAUAGAGAAUCAGUCAACACUGUAUAAAAGAGCCUUAAGACGUUGAAUGAAUAGAGUAUAUAUACAAACAUGUGCAUACCAUAAACAUGGUGGAAUCUUUUAUCGCAAAAUAAUUAAAUGAAAUCCCCACCUAUUAUAUAUACUCUGUACCCUCCAAGACUUUGCAAUAGGGACUACAGAUCAGAUCUAGUAUUAUUUCUUCAUUCCAAUAAUCACAAACUUUGUUUCCCUAAAAUGGGCAAGAUUCAUCCUAUGACACCAACCACUUCUUCUUCUUCUGCUUCUUCUUCUUCAUCAUCUUCUUGUUAUAUCACUUCAAAAAGAGAAGCAUUCACAGUUUGGAUGAAAUCACUAGUGAUGCAAAGCAAUGGAUGCACUGUAUUCAAUGAAGAUGGUGAGAUUACUUACCGUAUCGACAACUAUGACAGCAAGUGCAGCAAUGAAGUUCUUCUCAUGGAUCUCCGCGGCAAUGUUGUCUUCACCAUACUCAGAAAGCAAAUCUUCUUCAAUUUUGUGCAGAAACUAUUCCGACGAUGGGACGGGUACAAAUGCAGUAAUCCAAAGCCAUCAAUAGAAGUUAAAAGAAGCCGGAGGAUGUUCAGAGAUUUAUCGUAUCAGGUGCUCCUGCGGUCUGACAAUGGUCAAACAAGUUACUACAGAUUAGAAGCCUUGUCUGGUAAAUCAGCAUUCAAAAUUACAGACAACAAUGGAGUAAUUGUUGCUGAGGCGAACAGAAAGCAAUCAUCUUCGGGAGUACUAUUAGGAGAUGAUGUACUGAGUCUGACAGUAGAGCCCCUUGUAGAUCAUUCUCUCAUCAUGGCUAUAGUCACUGUGUAUGGACUAAUACAACAUAGAUUGUGAAUACUUUUCAAAGAGAAUUCAGGAGUAUCUCCAAGUUUCAGAGGAAGAUUCUGUAUAUACAGAGCCGACUGCAGAAGAAAAUUCUGUUCUUGCUGACUUUUAUUGAUUUUUUUGCUGGAAGACAUCCCAUUUGUACCAAUAGAAUUGGCCAUAAUGGUGCUAAUAGUACCUUAGCUUCACAUACCAAUACAGAAAUUCGACAACGAUUUA